AUGAAAUCCGUCCUCCUCUCCAUCGCGGCCACACUGGCCACUGCUGUCGGCCUUGCCACGGCAGCGCCUGCCGCCCGCUCCACCUUUGCCGCCGACGAGCUCGAGCUGCUGGCCCCAGAGAUUGUCCGCUCGUGGCGGCAGUACGAUGUGGCGCCGCCGCCAUCCUCCGACGCCGACGCCACGACCGCCGCAGCGCCCCACGCCGGCACGCACAACAGCAACACGACCACGUGCGGCGCCUUCCAGAGCGUCGAGGGCGACGCGCCCAUGUACAUUGCGGCGACGGCCGUGUUUGCGGCGCCCAAGGUGGCGGCGCGCCCCGCGUUCAACUGGACGCGCGACCCGGCGGUGACGCCGCGCAUUGCCGUGUCGACGGGCGUGGACGGCUUCGCGUGCCCCGAGCUGGUGCGGGCGGGCAUCUACGCGACGGUGUUCGAGAACGGGACGCAGCAGCACGUGCCGUUUGUCGAGUUCAGCGGCAAGGUGUACGCGGUCAAGAUUGCGAGCGUGGCGGCGGGGGAGAGCGUGCGCGUGCGCGUGUCGAUUGUGCAGGACGACAUUGUCAACAUCAACUGGUCCAACCUCAACCGCACCGACCAAUUCUUCGACAAGGACGUCCCCACGGCGUCCUCCAUGUGCGGCCAGUCUGUCGCGUGGCUCGUCGAGGACUUGGUCCCCGUAAAGGCCGGCCCCGGCGACUUCUUUGCCGCGUUUGAGCCCAUCCACUUUACGGUCUCCGAGGGCGACCGCAUGGACGGCAAGACGACCAAGUUUGACGCCGCGACGGCGAGCUACACGACGGAGCAGGCGCUGUGCAAGGUGGACGAGUCGGGGACGGAUUUGGUGGUGACGUCGUCCUGA